GUCAGUUUUCAUUUGUGAAACUACACAGUUCGAACUCCGCGUUUUAUGAGAACACCGGGGCUCAUGGCUUAUGCUUAAUUCGUAAAUAAUUAAUUUAUUAAUUAAUAGUUAAUUUAGGUGGUGUCGUUGUUGAACUUUGAUCUAAACAUGGGUGUUGGAAGUGAAAAAGUUGAUGAGCAGAAAAAGAAAAAACAAUUGCCUACGAUGAAAGAGCCUCCCGGAGCGUUUUCUCGUUCGUUAUUCUGUUGGAUGUUUCCGUUGUUUUAUAGAGGGAACUACAGAGAUUUAGAAGAAGAAGACUUAGUUCCGCCUAAAAAUCAAUAUAAUUCGAAACUAGUCGGAGAUCAGCUAGAAAGGGCAUGGUUAUUGGAGGAGCAUAAUGCACGGGCAGCCGGUAGAGACCCAUCACUUAUUAAAGUAUUGUUCAAAACAUUCGGAUGGUCUUUUUUGCCUGGCGGUAUUUUGCAAUUCGGUUUUGCGAUUUUACGUAUUAUAACACCGUUGUUAUUUGGAGAGCUGCUCACGUAUUGGACAGUGGAUCCGCCUAUUACGCAAAUGGAAGCGGUAUACUACGCACUCAGUAUGAUAAUCAUUAAUUGGAUUGCAGCCUAUCUGAACCACCACGGCAAUUUAUUUUGCUCCCAAUUCGGAAUGAAACUUAGAAUUGCUACAAGCUCUUUGAUGUUCAGGAAGGUAAUGCGCAUGAACAAUGGUGCUUUAGGAGACACGACGGUCGGGAAAGUAGUCAAUAUACUUUCAAACGACCUGCAAAGAUACGACAAUGCCUUCAUAUUCUUGCAUUUCGUUUGGAUCAUACCCAUACAGUUGGUUGCUGUCUGCUAUCUGGGCUACCUUCAAGCUGGUGUUGCAGCUCUCAUUGGCUUAGCUUCCCUUGUUGUCAUAGCACUCCCUAUUCAAGGUGUGCUCGGAAACAUUGUGGGAAAAGUUCGCGCCCGGAAUGCUGUAAAAACCGAUGAGAGGAUCAAAUUAAUGAGCGAAGUCAUUAGCGGCAUUCAGGUGAUCAAAAUGUACGCAUGGGAAGUACCGUUCCAAAAAUCGGUGGCUGAGAAACGUAGCGACGAGCUAAAAGAAGUCCGUACAGCGACUAUACUGAGAACCAUAUUCCUUGGCUUCAUGAUAUUCACAGAGAGAGCUGCACUUUUCAUAACAAUACUUACUUUUAUAUUAUUGGGUAAUGCAUUAAGUGCCACUGUGAUUUAUCCCUUACAACAAUUCAUGAACGCUGCACAACUCAAUAUCACAUUGAUUCUACCUCUCAUUCUGACUUUCACGGCCGAAUUAAUGGUGUCUCUUCGACGAGUUCAGGAGUUUCUCGUCGCAGAGGAUCGGCCAGAUUUAGUGAAGCGAGAUUCAUUGGCGCCUGCUGGUUCGAACAUAUUCCGUAAUGUAACUGGAAGUUUCCGUAAAUCUGAGCCAACUGUUAGACCGCUAUCGUACAGCCAGAAAACCGAAAUAUUACCUACCGAAUUCAACUCUAGCAACAAUCUGGUAAAACGUAACAAUUCAAAACUCUUAAGACGCAUGUCUCAUCUGGACGACACGGCCGUGGUGUUACACGAUGUCUCCGCUAGCUGGACAGGCGACCCAAAUUUCUUAGCUAUCAAGAAUAUCUCAAUGAAACUCCGCAAAGGGAAACUAUGCGUUAUCAUUGGCGCCGUCGGGUCUGGGAAGUCUUCAAUUCUGCAACUGCUCCUAAAGGAAUUGCCUCCGGCCACUGGCACAGUUUCAAUCUAUGGAAAGGUUUCGUACGCCAGCCAAGAGGCGUGGCUUUUCCCUAGUACCGUCCGGGAAAACAUACUUUUCGGUUUACCCUUUGAGCCGGAAAAAUAUAAGAUGGUUUGCAAAGCAUGUGCAUUGGAAAAGGACUUUAAACAAUUCCCAUACGGAGACCAGACGUUGGUGGGAGAGAGAGGGGUGUCACUAUCGGGAGGACAGCGGGCCAGAAUCAAUUUAGCUCGUUCUGUCUACAGAGAGGCCGACAUCUACUUACUGGACGACCCGCUAUCUGCAGUUGACGCGAAUGUGGGGAGACAGCUUUUUGAAGGCUGCAUAAAUGGAUACCUUCGACAACGCACGAGGAUACUUGUCACGCAUCAGAUACACUUCCUCAAAGCUGCUGACUACAUUGUCGUCAUGAACGAGGGCCGCAUCGAGAACAUGGGAACAUUCGAUGAGCUCACCGCCGCAGGCAAGGCAUUCUCCUUGAUGUUAUCUUCGCUACAAGAAAACAAAGAAAAAGACACCGAAAGCUUGGGAUCACGGGGCAAAGAAGAAAAAGAAAAUCCGGUUUUAUUUAAAAAUCAAUUAUCUAUAAAUGAGACUGAUGAUUUAGAGCAAUUUGAAGCUCAGAAGAUGGCCGACGAAGAGCGCCAGUCCGGUAAUCUAAAGUGGUCAGUGAUCGCGGCAUACUUCCGAGCUGGAGGAAACAUCUGUUUUUUGUUGUUCACCUUUUUGCUGAUCAUCCUGACAGCGGCUUCCUCGGCUGGCGCUGACUACUGGAUCAGUUACUGGACGAAUGCAAUGGCAGCGUAUGACGAAGAGUUAGCAGGUGCUGAAGUGGAUACUGGCCUAGAUGUUCAAGUGGGACUGUUCACGACCGGCCAAUAUCUCAUGAUUCACGGAGCCAUAGUAUUAGUUACGAUUUUCAUAACCAAUAUAAGAGUUAUUCCUUUCGCGGAGUUGUGCGUCACCGCUUCGAGUAGACUCCACAACAGCAUGUUCUCCACAAUGAUCAAAGGCAUCAUGAGGUUUUUCGAUACGAGCUCUUCAGGGCGUAUUCUCAAUCGUUUCACUAAGGACAUGGGAGCUUUGGACGAGAUAUUGCCGAGGACUCUGUUGGAUGUGCUUCAAAUCUACGCCACUCUUGGAGCUAUUCUCGUUUUGAACGCAAUCGCACUGUAUUGGACAUUGAUUCCUUCUGUUAUACUUCUGACUUUGUUCUACUUCUUUGUCAAAGUCUAUCUUAAAACCGCACAAAGCAUUAAAAGAUUGGAGGGAACAACAAAAAGCCCGGUAUUUGGAAUGGUGACGUCAUCGCUAAACGGUAUAGCUACAAUCAGGUCUUCGGGAGCGGAAGACCGAUUAAUCAGCAACUUCGAUGUACUUCAGGACUUACAUUCAUCCGCCUGGAACGGUUACUUGGGCGGAGGCACCACUUUUGGUUUUUAUUUGGACACGAUGUGCCUCUUAUAUCUCACUACCGUUAUUUUAGUGUUCAUCUUUAUAGACUUUGGUAACGUCAUUGCCGUGGGAAGUGUUGGUCUGGCAGUAACACAGAGUAACACGCUGACGGCCAUGUUGCAACACGGAGCUCGGAUGCUGGUAGAGUUCCUCGCCCAGCUUACCAGCGUCGAGAGAGUUCUAGAGUAUACUAAAAUUGAAUCAGAGAAGAAUCUUUUUGAAGGACAAAAACCGAUGCCCCCAACUUGGCCGGCGCAUGGAAGAAUUAUUAUGGACAAUGUCAGCUUACAGUACGCUCCCGAAGAAGAAGCAGUGCUGAAAAACCUCAACAUCGUUAUUGAAAGUGGAUGGAAGGUCGGUAUAGUCGGCAGGACUGGAGCAGGAAAAUCCUCACUGAUAUCCGCCUUGUUCAGAUUCGCGUAUAUCGAUGGCUCUAUAACUAUCGACGGGCUCGACACUUCUGUUAUAUCGAAACAGGGACUCCGAUCAAAAAUCUCGAUAAUUCCGCAAGAACCGGUAUUAUUCUCUGCGACUAUCAGAUACAACUUAGAUCCCUUCAGCGUGUACAGUGACGACGAGCUUUGGAGGGCGUUAGAACAGGUGGACAUGAAAGCGGCCGUUCCUUCGUUGGAUUUCAAAGUGACCGAAGGUGGAUCUAACUUCUCCGUGGGCCAAAGACAGCUGAUGUGCUUGGCACGAGCCAUACUCAGAUCCAAUAAAAUUUUAAUUAUGGACGAGGCCACAGCCAACGUUGAUCCUCAAACGGAUAAUUUCAUUCAGCAGACUAUACGGCGUGCUUUUGCUUCAUGUACCGUAUUGACUAUUGCACAUCGCUUGAACACGAUCAUGGAUUCGGACCGAGUUCUGGUAAUGAGUACCGGAGAGGUGGCAGAAUUCGAUCAUCCAUACAUUCUUAUGUCCGAUCCCAAUAGUCACCUUUCUAGUAUGGUACGAGAAACGGGCGAGAAGAAUAGCUUAAAGUUAUUUGAAGUUGCCAAAGAUGCGUAUUUCCAAAGUAAUCUGAAAGAAAACAUGAGAUGAUGCUUUUAUAUAGAAGAUCGUUAGUUUUAAUUAAAUAGCACUUUUAAUAACCUACCGUUAUGUCUAUAACAGUCGAAUCACAACACAAUGGGUAUCUUAAGUUUAGUUUAGAUAGCCUAAUUUAUUAAGGGCGUUCAGCCUAAUAUUGAGAUGUAAUAAAAUAAAUUUACCAA